CAAUCAGCAGGACCGUGUAAACGUAUUUCGUACCAUUGCAUUGUUCUGUUGCUAGGCGCAGCGUUGCCAGCUUGCUGCGCUUUGGAAUGCAACUCUAUGUUGGAAUUACCAACCCAACUGAUGAUGCACACUAUUUAACCGCCGCAACUGCCAUUAAUAAUGUGCAAUAACAAUUAGUUUGCGGUUGCAGCAGCACAGUUAUCAAACUGGUUUGAAAUACGUAAUAAAAAAUUUUAAAUUCCCUGUCGGCUCUGUGUAAGAAGUGGCAACGCUGUGACGACUGUUUUUGUUAUUGCGCAACUCCCCACAGUGAAGUCCAAAAAACGAAGAAUCAAAAUGCAAAAUCCAAUUCAAAGGUUCGUCUACACGGUCAGCCAUCAAACCUACAGCCACUUGCCUCUUCUUUGUUGCGCAGCAACAAAAACAAAAACAAUGGCAAAUUUCAAUUCCACGCGCCUUUCCUCAUCCUCGGUGCUGGCCACCGAGUCCUCCAACAAGGGCAUGAUAAUUAUCAACCGCCCCAAGGCAUUGAAUGCCAUUAACCUGGAAAUGGUCCGUAAAAUUUAUAAGCAUUUGAAAAAAUGCGAAAAGUCCAAAUCCCUGAUGAUCAUCAAGGGCACCGGCGACAAGGCAUUCUGUGCCGGCGGCGAUGUCCGUGCCUUGGUCGAUGCUGGACCCACCGAUGAAUCGAAGAGUUUCUUUCGCGAGGAGUACACCACAAAUGCCCUGAUUGGCAACUACAAGAUACCCUACAUUGCUAUCAUUGAUGGAAUCACAAUGGGCGGCGGUGUUGGACUGAGCGUCCAUGGUAAAUAUCGUGUGGCCACGGAUCGAACCCUGUUUGCCAUGCCAGAGACGGCUAUUGGACUCUUUCCCGAUGUGGGCGGUUCGUAUUUCUUGCCACGCCUCCAAGGAAAAUUGGGACUUUAUCUGGGCUUGACCGGUUAUCGUCUGCGUGGCGCUGAUGUCUUCCAUUCGGGCAUUGCCACGCAUUAUUGUGAUAGCUCCAAGAUUCCAGAGCUUGAGACAGCGCUUCUCAAUUGUCCCGAUGCCGAUGAUGUACCUGAGUUGCUGCAAAAAUUCCACACGCAGCCAGAGAAGGCGUUCUCCUUGCAGCCUGUGCUGGAGCAGAUCAACAAGAAUUUUGCGGCCAGUUCGGUGGAGGGCAUUCUGGAGAAUCUGAAGAACGAUGGAAGCGAGUGGGCAAAGAAAACGCUUGAGAUGCUUUGUAAGAUGUCGCCCACAUCCCUAAAGGUCACCUAUCGCCAACUGGAGCUGGGCUCACAGUUGUCCUUGGCCCAAUGUCUGAUCAUGGAGUAUCGUUUGGCUGUGCGUCAUCUGGAGCCACGUGCUGACUUCAAGGAGGGAGUGCGCGCUCUGCUCAUUGACAAGGAUCAGGACCCCAAGUGGAAGCCAGCCACGUUGGCCGAGGUUACCGAGGAACAUCUGCAAUGGUUCUUCAACAAAUUGCCCGACACUGAGGAGCUGAAAUUGUAAUGUAGCUGCUGCAAAAGCAAAAAGCUUGCUUAGUUUAUUAGCCGCACUUCUUACCCCGCUCCAAGUUCUGUUAUCCUGCUACCGUUAACGCAACCACACCGAACACUGAACAUUGAAAACACCCUGCAACUGUGACAUGAUCUGAUUCGAUUUGUUGAGCAUGCAUUUUGCUUGAGUUUUACCAAAAUUAUACGUUAAGAGUUUGCGCUCCCUUCACUUUCAAAUAUUGACAGUCAUAUACUAAACAGAUUUGUGUAAUCUCUUCUAUCUCUUUUUCUGAACAGCGAUUAAACCACUCAUCGGGGAUAAAAUACAAAAUCCGAACGUGAAAUUUGAUGCAUUU